UCCAGGCUCCCCGCCCCCUUCGUGCGCGCUGCUCCCUGCGGCCACUGCCGCCUGUAACCUGCGCCGCCAGGAUGUGGCUGGGGGCUGACGUCGGGUCCAGAUGUGGCCCCGGCCCCGCCCACCCCCGGGGCCGGUCCGCCCACACCGAGCCGCGGCGCGCACGGAGGCUGUCCCGCCUGCCACAAUGCACGGUGGAACUGCGACCGCAACUUGCAGGGGUCGUGCCUAACAUCGCCGCUCGACAUCCGUAAGACAAGCGGGCCUUGACGCCGCACGCGGACCCUCCUCGUUGGAGCCCCCCAUGCGCUCACCCUCCAGUACCCGGCCAGGCGGACGCGGAGCCGCGCGGGUGACGGCAGAAGCGGCUGCGCGCCCAGCCUAGCCCAGCCCAGCCGGAGAAGAGGGCGCGCCGCGCCCCCGCCCCCCGCCGCUCUCCGGAGGCCGUGGGUGCGGAUGCGCCGCUGACGACUCCUGCGAGAGCACCGCGCGCCCGAGCCCGCAGCAUGGCAGCCGCCGCCUAUGUGGAUCACUUUGCCGCCGAGUGCCUCGUGUCUAUGUCCAGCCGCGCAGUCGUGCACGAGCCGCGGGAAGGGACUGAGCCCCGGCCCGAGGGCGCGGCCGCCGCCGCCCCCACACUGCCCCGUGUUGACGAGCGCCGCGACGGCAAGGACAGCGCCUCGCUUUUCGUGGUGGCGCGGAUCCUAGCGGACCUCAACCAGCAGGCGCCCGCGCCCGCCCCCGAGCCCCAGCCCAUCCGGCCGGCGGGGGCGCGCCCGGCCGCAGGGGGCUGCUCCGCUUUCUCUAGGAAGGCGCGCUCUGAUCACCGCCCUUUCUGGCCCAACUUUCACCUGCUCCUGGGCUGGGUGCGGGUAGGUGGCACCUGUACCAGGACCGCCCGCCUGAGCCGGCAACCUGGGGUGGCGUAG